AUGGGCCGCACUCAGCUCUCCGUGGUCCUGGUCACCUUCCUCACGCUGCAGUCGUCGCUACUUGCUGCAGCCGAUGUCGUCACGUACGACUGGCGCCUGACCCCCAUUAUGACUGCGUUCGACGGCGUGCUGCUUGAAACCCUCGGGGUGAACGGUAAGCCCUGCGACGAAGCCAUCAUUGAAGUUGAACUCGGACAAGAAGUCGAAGUGCGCGUCACCAACGAGCUCUACAACGAGACGUGUCUGCACUGGCACGGCAUGAAGCAACUCGGCACGCAGGAGAUGGACGGCCCGGACAAGGCCGGCACGUUCUGGUGGCACAGCCACCACAAGACCCACAACCUCUGUCCCUGCGAGAAAGAAAUUGAUCAAGAAUUCACCGUCCAGCUCGCGGAUGUUUACCACACUGCUCCCACGUUUGGGCCGGCACUUUGGGACACCAUAGUGAUCAACAACCGCGGACGCUUCAACUGCACCGCUGCGGCGAUCAACAAUCUCACGGAAUGCUCAGACGACCAGCCGUUGGCAACCUACAACUUUCAAGCGGGGAAAACGAUGGCCCCUUUCGACUUCAGUAUCGACGACCACGAGUUCCAAGUGAUUGCAGCCGACGGGGAGCCCGUGGAGCCAACCACGCCGAUCAACUCGAUCUUCAUCAACGCGGGCCAGCGCUACGAUAUCAUCGUGGAGGCCAAGAAUGAUACCCAAGACUCCUUCUGGAUGCGUGCGAAGGGAUUGACGGGGCUUCCCUGGAUGGCACGUUCGGCUGAUACCGGAUUGCCAGGUUUCAAGGACGAAGGCCUCGCCAUCGUCCGCUACAAUGCUGCUAGCACUUCGGAGCCGACGUCGAAGCAGUGCGAGGACAUCAUUACGGUACACGAGUUCAACUUCACGCCAGUCACCCCGGCAGUGCUUCCCACUACUCCAUCAGACCGCUCCAUUGUCCAGUUCAACAUCACACAACUGGGUGGAGUUAUCUCCCUCGAUGGAGGAGAGUACAACAGCCUCCAGAUCCCCGACCAGCCGCCGCUCCUGACGAUUUCAAACGGAUCGACGACUGCUGACUUGCCAGCGUCGGCCAAUGCUCGAGCUCUUGAAUACGGCAAGCACAUCGAAGUGGUGGUGGUGAACAGCAUGAACGAACAGCACCCGUUCCACUUGCACUCGCACGCCCCGUGGGUUGUUGGAAGUGGCCAAGCGUCGGAGGAGGACAUCUACAACAACAACUUGCCUCCGUCCAAACUGGAAGGAGCCAUGAUGGCCGACAACCCGGGAGUCUGGAUGAUGCACUGCCUUAUCGAUUGGCACAUGGACAUCGGCUUGGCGAUGAUCUUCGUCGAGGGCGAGGCAGAGCUACAGGCGAAGGGACCCGAUGCAUUUUCGAGCAGUUUGCUGAGCGUUUGCAAGGUGACUCGGAAUGAGCUGAGAGAUACUCGAUAG